GAGGGGACUCCGGCUCACAGCGGCGCACCUGGCUCAGCGGGACGGAGCGGCCACCUCUGCUCGCCCCGCCCCGUCACAUCGGAGCCUUCAGCAGAGCUCAGGAGACUUCACAGCCAAAUCUCAGCGGCCCCGAAGUGCUGGGGAUGAAGCUGGGGGUCGCCUGCCUCCUGUGGCUGCUGCUCGUCUGCCUGAGCCUGCCCGCCACCCACGGCCGAGUCCUGGAGCGCUCCAUGGAAAUCAGGAACCCGGACAUCGACCCCUCGUGGUACACGGGCCGCGGGAUCCGGCCCGUGGGGCGCUUCGGGAGGCGGCGAGCGCUGGGCGGGGGCAGCCGGCCCGGCGGGCCCGGGCAGAGGGGCUGCGCAGCUCCCCGCCCUCCCCGGCUGGAGCUGAACCCCUGA